AUGGUGCAUCUUGACGUCAGCAAGACUUUUGAUGCCGUCUCAUAUGACUCUUUCGUGAGCGGACUAGAGAAGGUCAGCCGAGCGACCCGCCGCGGGUGCACGCCCACAGCCUGGUGGGGGAGGAGUGAUCUGGUGACGCACAGCGACCCGCCGCGGGUGCACGCCCACAGCCUGGUGGGGAAGCAGUGCAACGAGGCUGGGAAUUGCAUCGUGACCGUGGGCCCCAAGGACAUGACGGCACAAUUCAACAACCUUGGGGUGCUCCAUGUCACCAAGAAGAACAUGAUGGAGAUCAUGAAGGACAAGCUGAAGCAGCAGAAGAUGCGUAACAGAAGCCAGGCGCUGACAGAGUCCGAGCUGCGGGAGAUCGAGCUGGAGGCGAAGGAGCUGAAGAAGGUCAUGGACCUGAGCAUCGUGCGCCUCCGCUUCACCGCCUACCUCCGCGACAGCAACGGGAACUUCACGCUGCCCCUGAACCCCGUCAUCUCCGACCCCAUCCACGACAGCAGUAAGCGCCCGCCGGCUUUCAUGGGCCGCCUGGCGGGAGAGAGGGUGCACGGAGACUGGGGUCGGGCCGCACCUGCAGCAUGGGGGGCCGGGGCCCCCCCAGAUCCUGCCUCUGGCCCAGCUGCCUUUCCUCCUUGCUCUGCAGGCGGGAAUCUAAACUACCCCUACUCCUCGGCGCUGACUUACAACAACAUCUACCCGUCUGGCCCCCACCCCAUGGGCGGCUACCACGGGGGGGUGCAGAUGGCCAGGGCCCAAGAGGGGGCCAAUGGCAAGCGCCCCCCUGCGGAGGAGAGCCAGCGGCAGGAGCUGCAGACCCACGCCCAGCACUGCAGCACGAUGCUGGCUCUGGCGCAGCGGAGCGCCCGCGCCCUGCUGGACUACUCGGUCACCGCUGACCCCCGCAUGCUGUUGGCCGCCCAGCGGCACCUGGCCGCCUCCCAGGACGAGAACGGAGACACGCCUUUGCAUCUCGCCAUCAUCCACGAGCAGACGGGGGUGAUCAGGCAGCUGGUUCACGUCCUCCUUGGCACCCACAGCCAGCCAGUCAUCAACGUGGCCAACCACCUGCAGCAGGGACCACGAGCGGACGUCCUCUGUGAGAACGACGAGCCGGUGCGGUCGUCCUCGUCCGAAGCCAGCAGCGACCCGGAGAGCGAGCCGGAGGCGGGCAUGGAGCAGGAUGCAGAGCACACGGGCACCAGCCCUGCGGCUGAGCACAGAAGCAGGGAGCCCGGCCCCUGGGGAGCUACGCGGUGCCGGAGACACACGCCGCUGGACCUAACCCGGAGUCGCAAGGUACGGAGCCUCAGGCUCGAACCAGCGGGGCCGAGUCCCUGGAGUGGGGGACUCCGGGGAGGGAGCCAGAUGGCUGGGCACGUGAGCCUGGCAGCUCUGCCACCUUCCAGCUGCCCCAUCCCACGGAGAAGCUGA